AUGAAUGAGGUAUGAAUUGCUUAAAAUUAUUUAGAAUCUUAACUUGUAAAAGUUAUUGAAUAACAAUUUGAAUCCUACAAUAGACAAUCUUCAAGUAAUCUAUUCCAAGUUACAACAAUUAUAAUAUUUUAAUUCCUUCAUUGAAAAAAACCUUAAAGGAACUUAAAGAGAGAGUCUUUUAUAUGUAUAAUUCAUAGACAUCAUAGUUAUGUGGAAAAUUCAAAAUGGAACACUUUGAAGGAGGUGAAGUAAUUUUUUAAGAAGGAGAUAAGUCAAAUGAUAAGUUGUAUAUUAUAUUUAAUGGUAAAGUGGCUUUAAUAAAGUAAAGGACACAACAUCUACUAUACUAAAGUCCUGAAAAACCCUCAGAGAAUCAAAAAUAACUAUAACAUUAAAAUAUAUCAAACAAACAUUUGCCUUUAAAAACAGAGUAAUUUAUUUAAUUUAUGAAUAUACUUUAGAAAAACACAAAACAAAAUUUAAAAUUUAACAUUAGGAACAAAUUUUUUUAAAUAACUUGCAUAUUCAAAAAAGUUUGCUGACAGAAUGAAGUCUAACGUAGUUUAAGGAUAAACAAAUGAAAAAGUCUAGAUUACGCAAUAAGAAAUUUAAAAUAUAAGUGAUAAAUUUGGAGAAACUGUUAGAAUACUAAAAAGAGGAGAUGGAUUUGGAGAUAGAGCUUUAAUUGAAAAUGUUCCAAGAGCAUUAACUGCUUGUGCAUAUACUUAAGAUUUAUUUUUGUUAAUUUUAAAAAAAGACGACUUUGAUUUAAUUAGAUAAUAAUUUAUUAUUCAGAUGAAAGAGAAAAAAAGCUUAAUUUUUACUAAAUUUCCUGUUUAAGGAGAUUAUUCAUCAAAAUAAUUAGAACAAUUAGCUUAUAGUUUUGAUGUCGAAUAAUUUUAAAAAAAUUGUGUAUUAACUAUAGAUGGUAUUCCUAAAAAAAGUUUUUAUUUAAUUUAAUUCGGAGAUAUUUUAUUAGAAAAAGUAAUUAAUGACUAAAUGGUUAAGAUUUGUAUAUUAAGUAAAAUUAUAAAUAAUUUAAUUAGCCAAGGGUUAAUUAUUAGGAGAAGAAAUAACUAUGAAUGAUGAUGGUUGUUGUGAAUAUAAUGCAACUGUUUUAUCUAAUGAAGCUACUUUAAUGGUAAUUCAUAAACAUGAAUUUUUAUAAAAAUUUCCUGAAGAAUGUAAACAAUGGGUAAAAUAAGAAUAUAUGAGGAAAACUUAAUUUAGAAAAAUUUUUUAAACUUCAAAUAUGAUUAGUGUAAAUAAAAUUAAUCAACCAAAAAUUACACCUGUGAAGUAAUAUAUUGAAAUAAAAUCCAAUCCAAAAAAAAUUAAAAGCAAAGAAAGAGAAGAUUAAGUUGAUAUAGGUAAAAUAGUAGAAGAAAAGAAUUUAAUUUAUAAUUUAAAAUAUCAAAGUGAUCCAGAAAAAGAUGCAGGUUCUGGAUUGUUUGGAAAUGAUUUAUAUUAAAGUCCAAAGAUAGGAUCUACACCAAGAUAUUAACAUCUAAAUAACAUAGCAAUAACAUCUUUUAAAUAAUAAUAUCUUUAUAAAUUAUUUAAAAAAAAAAGAAAGCAUUUGAUUUUUAAUACUCCUCCUUUAACUGCUAGAACAGUAACAAAUUAUUAGACAACAAAUACGGAUUGUUAAAGUAAACACAAACACACUUUUUCAACAGGUAUAAACUCAAAUACUCCUGGUAUAUCACAAUCUCCAAUUAAUAUGUAUAGCAGAGAAUUUAUUUGA